ACGACCUCUUUUGGAUGCUUGAAACAACCUUGGUAAUGGCGACAAAAAUACUGUAGAAAAAGAAGACUGGAAAUGUCUGGUCCAGCUGCAUCAGAUGAAGUCUCGUUGAAUAUAUUUAGAUUUUGUUUAAAGUUUUAAACAGCCACAUAUUUGACCGAAAUCUACAUUUUCCAAUAUGCCAGGCAUAAUCAAAGUGAGGUUAUUAGGGGCAAGAGACUUGCCGGUCAUGGACAGAGCAAGUGAUCUCACAGAUGCAUUUGUUGAGGUAAGGCAUGGAACAACCAUCCACAGGACAGAUGUUUGCCGCAAAUCACUCAACCCAACAUGGAAUUCAGAAUGGCUUCGUUUUGAGGCUGAUGAUGAACAAUUACAGGACGAGCCAUUGCAAGUCAAAGUACUGGAUUAUGACAUGUACUCAGCUCAUGACACAAUUGGAAAGGUCAUGAUUGGAUUGUCAUCGCUGAUCUUGAGGAAUGGCACAAAUGAAAUGAGAGGAUGGUUUCCAAUCUACGAUACCCUUCAUGGCAUACGUGGCUACAUCCAAAUAUUUGUAAAAGUGGAGUUCUUUGUUGAUGCAAACAAAUAUCGACAAACAUCUUGCGGCAUUCGGUUUUUUGCAACUCCUGCUGUGCCCUCUGGGUAUACCGCGAUAGCAGUGCAAGGAUUUGUUGAUGUUUUGGUUGUCAACGAUGAUCCGGAAUACCAGUGGAUAGACAAGAUAAGAACGCCGAGGGCUUCUAAUGAUGCACGAAUCCGGUUGUUCUCUAAGCUUUCGGGUGAGGUGAAUCGCAGGUUGGGACUGAAAGUCAUCGAAGCUGGGGGUAAUGCCGUAAUUGGGUACUGUCAAUGCUUCGACAUCGAGGGUGACACUGGCAUUGUGGUGCGUGCAAUUGGAACAUCCGUAACGCUAAUGAAACAAGAGGACGAUUACUCGGCUAUUGGGUCCUUAACUAACUCUCCGGAUAUCUCAUCAAACCCUCUCACUCUAGGAAAUGUUUCUACAGACCCCUUCCAACUAAAGUGUCCACGUGACAAAAGUCAGAAGCUAAUCUUGCAUCGACAAUCGACGAAAUCAAGAACAGCUUCUGGUCGCUACGGGAGGACAAUAUCUACGUCAUCAGAUGGAAACGAUACAAUCAAUGAAGCAUCGAUGCUCUUGAAUUCAAGUGGGGACAGCAUUGACAACAGUCAUAUUCAGGACUUUCUGAUGGUGAAUUUGGCCAACACAGGGCAAAAAGUAAAGUCACUGGAAGAGAUCGAAUUCCCAUUUUUUACAAUAACGAAACUGCCGACUGGAUUUGUUCUCCAUGUUGGCGGUGUUGUGUCUUCGAAGUCUGUGAAACUGCUCGACAAGAUCAAUAACCCAGACGACCCUGAAACACGAGAGGCCUGGUGGAAUGAAAUAAGAACCGAAAUUCGAUCACAUGCGAAGGCUCUUGCUUGUCACGCUGUCAUUGGCUACACUGAAUACACUACCAUAUGUGACGAUUUGGUGAUCCUUUCUGCCUAUGGAACAGCUGCUAUUGUUCGACUUCCCAACACUCCCCCGUCAAUCGAACCAGAAUUGUUGGAGCCCACCGAAAACACCGCUGUGUUAGAUUUUCAAGGGAUAAAGAUCAAUGGUAGGAAGUUGUCAGAAGGUGAAGACGACGAAGAGGAGACAGUGUUAAAAUUUGAGCGUUUUAAUUCAAUUGGAAAACACAAUUCAGCAAGGACGGGCUCUUUCGAUUGCAGAGUUUGUCAUAUAGCAUUCGGCGAGGUUGACUUGCCGUAUUCAGUCAAUGUAUCAAAAUGUAUGAUCUGCAGGCAAGGAAAAGUCCCUGAUGUGAUUUUCGCGACCAUUGAGCCCCCCUCAGAAGUUCAUAUAACCGGGAACGGCUCUCUUCUUCAAGCAAGGGUUUACCGAACAAAGAAACGCGAGAAAGAUGAAGUCAAUGCAGAUAAUGUCAGCCAGAUUCUUCCAUUCUUGGAAUAUGAAUUACAUCGCCAGAUGCUCAACAAACUGAAAGUAAAAGGUCUCAAUGCAAUAUUUGGGUUAAAGAUGCAAGUAUCUGUUGGUGAAAAUCUUAUCAUAGGACUAAUGACUGGAACAGCUGUCUACCUCACUGCAUUACCACCACCCCCUUUGUUUCUUGUCUCUGGGAGCAAGGGCGAUGCUUAUGACGAGAAAAAAUUGCUUGAUAUACAGAAGAAAAUUAUUGAUGAAACGUCAAAAAAUCGUGCAAGAAUGCAUUUGCCUGACUCUUUGGAAAUGUUCGGCACAAAGACGCCCCCAAACACCCCUGUUUUCAACAUCGGGGGUUCCGGUUUGCCGAAUGAGAUGUUACCAAUACGUGAGGAUGUUCAAGGCACUUUAGAUCUGGCUCAUGGUGUCAAGGAGGCAUAUGUUGUCACGGUUGAUGAUACUGUUCAAGAUGACAUCCUGUCAACAUUAACCGACUCGUUUCAAGUUGAAGGUGGUUAUGCAUUCAGCACAGAAGCCACUCCUGGUAUUUCCCAUGAAGCUGGCAAUGAUGUUCAAGUUUCACAUCAGUUCUUAACAAUGUUUCAUUGGAGGAAACUGAGUGAAGAUGACUUAAAGAUUAACACAAUAUUUCCCAAGAUUUGUGAAGAUUUGAUUUUGGCGAUGCAUUUCAAGUUGAGAAACAGGAAGCCAUACCAACUGAGCAGAAUAACUUAUAAUAUUAAGAUACCAGAAGACAAUGACAUCCAGGUAUUGGUGACUGCAUUAGCUCUUAAACAAGAGUCAAGAAAACCUACAGAAAGCACUCGUAUUUCCAGAGCAGUGCAUGGUUCUUUAGAGAGUGACGAUUUAAUGUUUCCUCUUGACGUGCCAGAUUGUUCUCAGCAAGGUGAAGGCAUGCAAGCUAAGCAAAAAGGAAGCAAAUUGAGGGAAGCUCCAUUACCUGAUUUGUCUCAGACAUGGCCAAAUAAUCAGCUAACUGAUGUUAAAACAUUAUUGUUCAUUCACGGGGUGAAGCAUCAUGAUAUGUAUUCAGAGCAUAUUGUCAUCAGCCCAUCAUCAGAUGUUCCAGAUAUGCAAAUACAACAGUUCCUUGGCUAUCUAAAUUUGUUUUUUAUCAGGGAAACCACAUCUGUGAAAGAGGAUGGUGGACUAAAUAUGUUUAUGCAAAAUUUUAUUGCGGAAGUUCAUGCCAUAGUUAGGGCCCAAGUUGCAGCCCUUGCUGGUGAUGGAAUAGUUUCCUUUAGCAUUAAUGAUGUUACUCUUCUGGACAGCUCUCAUAAAAAUCAGAGCCAGUGCUUGUUAAAUGCAAGUGGUGAUGUUGUUAGAUUUUCUCUGAAGAAUGAGGAAGAGGUGUUUGGUGAAAUACAGGUCUCAUCGACUUAACUAAGUGGGGUUAUUGUCAUCAUAAUGUAAUUAGAUUGUGUAGUGUAAUGAUUAAGCUCCUAGGGAAAUCUAUUAUUAAGUUCACAUUCAUCGCUGUACAUAGAUAUAUUUGCUGCAGAUUUUAAAGUUUUAUCAUUUAUACAUGCUAAAAUUAGCUUUCAUCAAGUAUUCUUGUCCUGCUGUGGACCUUCUGAGGGGCAUGUCAACUUUUAUAGAACCAUACCUCAAUUGAAUUAUGUUAUAUAAAAAAUUAUUUGUUGGUCCAAUAACCCAAUUCAUCCCCUAAUUUUUUUUAAAAACGUACUUCAAACUUCUUUGUUCAAAACUUUUGGUUUCAGAAGUUUAUUUUUAAGUUUUCCUGAUGCUAACACUUAUGGUAUUGAUUUUAUGAUUAAAAAGUUAUAAACCGUAAAAUGAAUGUGUGAUAAAUGACUAAGGGUAGCAACAAAAUUUAGUCUAUAUAUCAGAUCUACAUGGUAUUAUCUUUCUUCUAUUCUAACAAUUAGUUUACAUGCAAUUUUUGUGAAAAACACAAAAAGGUAUAGACAAAGCAUGCAUAAAUAUUAUGUGCUAUGUUUUCACUUUUUGUUGUUUUUUUAAAUUUUGCGAAUAGUGGUAUAAGUAUCAAUACAACUGGAAUAUUUUCUUGUUCCUGUAGAAAGUUUAUAGAUUUUUAUUAUCUGCCAAAAAAGAUAUGCAAAUUGUUGUAAAAUCAAAUGAUCUCAAAAUGAAGUAACUGCUAACAAA